AUGGCUGAGCCCCGCCAGGAGUUCACCGUGACGGAAGAUCAUGCUGGGGCGUACGGGAUGGGGGAGAGGAAAGAUCUCCCCUCUCAGGGGGGCUACACCCUACUGCAAGACCAUGAAGGGGACGUGGACCAUGGCCUGAAAGAAUCUCCCCUGCAGACCCCCGCUGAUGAUGGAUCUGAGGAACCGGGCUCUGAAACCUCUGAUGCUAAGAGCACGCCGACCGCCGAAGACGUGACAGCGCCCUUAGUGGAUGAGGGAGCCCCCGGAGAGCAGGCGGCCGCUCAGCCCCACACGGAGAUCCCAGAAGGAGCCACAGCUGAGGAAGCAGGCAUUGGAGACACCCCCAACCUGGAAGACCAAGCUGCUGGACACGUGACUCAAGGUCAUCUCCAGAUGGAGCCUGGGAGUGUCAAGGCUGUCCAGGAGAGCCUACUCGGAGAGCCAGGGCACCAUCGAGGUGAGACCACAGACCCGGGCACCCUGGGUCUGACAGGCCAGCGUGGGUCCUACACGCCGGGGGCUCCCAUUGAGGCUGACAGCCCCAGGGAGGCCACAUGCCAGCCUGCGGGGACAGAACCUGAGGACACAGAGGGCAGUCGCCAUGGCUUGGAGCCACUGGAGCACCAGCUUUUGGGAGACCUGCGCCAGGAUUGGCCACCUCUGAAGGGGGACCGUGGCAAAGAGCGGUGGGGGGGCAAGGAAGUCGACGAAGACCGCGAUGUGGACGAGUCCUUGCCCCAGGACUCCCCUCCCUCCCAGGUCUCCCCGGGUCUGCAGAGCUCCCCGCCCCGAGGCGGGCCACCGCCCCCCACAGUUUCCAGAGGAACCACCGGCUUCCCUGGUUUCCCAGCUGAAGGUGCCAUCCGCCUCCCUGUCGAUUUCCUCUCCAACGUCUCCACAGAGAUCCAGGCCUCACAGACCCACGGGCCCAGCGUAGGGCCCUCGGUGGAAGGGCAGGACACGCCCCCCGAGUUCACCUUCCAGGUGGAAAUCAAAGCCAACGUGCAGAAGGAACAGGGACAUUCAGAGCUGGAUUUGGACGGGGCUGCCCUCCCAGGGCCCCCUGGAGAGGAGCGAGAGUCCCAGGGCCCUUCUGAGGGAGAGGAUACAAAAAAGACUGACCUUCCAGAACCUUCUGAAAAGCAGCCUGCCACCGUUCUGCCAGGGAAGCCCGUCAGCCGGGUCCCUCAACUCAAAGCUCGCAUGGUCAGUAAAGGCAAAGAUGGGGCUGGACCCGAGGACAAAAAAGCCAAGACAUCCACACCUUCCUCUGCUAAAACCCUGAAAACUAGGCCUUGCCUUAGCCCUAAACGCCCCACUCCUGGUAGCUCAGACCCUUUGAUCAAACCCUCCAGCCCUGCCGUGUGCCCAGAGUCAUCUUCCUCUCCUAAACACGUCUCUUCUGUCACACCCCGAACUGGCAGUUCUGGAGCAAAGGAAAUGAAAGUCAAGGGGGCGGAUGGUAGAAGCGGAACGAAGAUCGCCACACCCCGGGGAGCGGCCCCUUCAGGCCAGAAAGGCCAGGCCAAUGCCACCAGGAUUCCAGCGAAAACCACGCCCUCCCCAAAGACCCCACCGGGCACGGCUACCAAGCAAGUGCAGAGAAAACCACCCCCUGCGGGGGCAAAAUCCGAGCGAGGUGAAUCUGGGAAAUCUGGGGAUCGCAGUGGCUACAGCAGUCCCGGCUCCCCGGGCACCCCUGGCAGCCGCUCCCGCACCCCGUCCCUGCCAACCCCGCCCACCCGGGAGCCCAAGAAGGUGGCGGUGGUCCGCACCCCACCCAAGUCGCCAUCUUCAGCCAAGAGCCGCCUGCAGACCGCCCCCGUCCCCAUGCCAGACCUGAAGAAUGUCAGAUCCAAGAUCGGCUCCACCGAAAACCUGAAGCACCAGCCAGGAGGCGGGAAGGUGCAGAUAAUUAAUAAGAAGCUGGAUCUUAGCAACGUCCAAUCCAAGUGUGGCUCAAAGGAUAAUAUCAAACACGUGCCAGGAGGAGGCAGUGUGCAAAUAGUGUACAAACCAGUGGACCUGAGCAAGGUGACCUCCAAGUGUGGCUCAUUAGGCAACAUCCAUCAUAAGCCAGGGGGUGGCCAGGUGGAAGUAAAAUCUGAGAAGCUGGACUUCAAGGACAGAGUCCAGUCGAAGAUCGGGUCCCUGGACAACAUCACCCAUGUCCCUGGCGGAGGGAAUAAAAAGAUUGAAACCCACAAGCUGACCUUCCGCGAGAAUGCCAAAGCCAAGACCGACCACGGGGCAGAGAUCGUGUACAAGUCGCCCGUGGUGUCCGGGGACACGUCUCCGCGGCACCUCAGCAACGUGUCCUCCACGGGCAGCAUCGACAUGGUAGACUCGCCCCAGCUCGCCACGCUAGCCGACGAAGUGUCCGCCUCCCUGGCCAAGCAGGGUUUGUGAUCAGGCCCCCGGGGCGGUCAAUAAUCGUGGAGAGGAGAGAGUGUGGAAAAAAAAAAGAAUAAUGAUCUGGCCCUUCGCCCUCUGCCCUCCCCCAGCUGCUCCUCACAGACCGGUUCAUCGGUUAAUCACUUAACCUGCUUUUGUCGCUCGGCUCUGGCUCGGGACUUCAAAAUCAGUGACGGGGCAAAAGAGCAAAUUUCAUCUUUCCAAAUUGAUGGGUGGGCUCAUAACAAUAAAAUAUUUUUAAAAACAUUUGAAAAGAUGGCCACA